CCCCCGGUGACCCCCUCCCGGGUGACCCCGCGGUGACCCCCGCUGACCCCGAAGGUGAUCCCGUCAUGGCCCGCCUGGCCGACUACUUCGUCCUCGUGGGAUACGACCCCGGCAAGCGCGGCAGCAGGGAUGGGCAGGGACAGAUACUGCAGCGCUUCCCGGAGAAGGACUGGGAGGACAACCCCUUUCCCCAGGGCAUCGAGCUGUUCUGCCAGCCCAGUGGUUGGCAGCUCUUCACAGAGAGGAACCCCCCGACCUUCUUCGUGGCUGUGCUGACAGACAUCAACUCAGAGCGGCACUACUGCGCCUGCUUCACCUUCUGGGAGCCCAUCGACAGCGCCCAGCCUCAGAGUCACCCCAGGAAUGGUGAUGGGGGGGAGGAGGAAGAGCCAUCAUCUCCCAUUCAACCUGCGCAGCUCUUUGCUCCCAAAAGCUUGGUGCUGGUGUCACGGCUGGACCAUGCGGAGGUGUUCAGGAACAGCCUGGGCUUGAUCUACACCAUCUAUGUGGACGGACUGAGCGUGUCCCUGGAGAAUGUCAUUGGGAACCUGCUGACCUGCACCAUCCCCAUCACUGGUGGAGCUCAGAGAACCAUCUCGCUGGGCGCUGGGGACCGGCAGGUGAUCCAGACACCCAUCAGUGACUCGCUCCCUGUCAGCAGCUGCAGCGUGGCACUGCUCUUCCGCCAGCUCGGCAUCACCAAUGUGCUGUACCUGUUCUGCGCUGCGCUGACCGAGCACAAGAUCCUGUUUCUGUCCAGCAGUUACCAGCGGCUGACGGACGCCUGCCGGGCUCUGCUCGCACUCAUGUUCCCCCUCAAGUACAGCUUCACGUACGUGCCCAUCCUGCCCGCGCAGCUCCUGGAGGUGCUGAGCACACCAACACCCUUCAUUAUCGGAGUGCACUCCAUCUUCCAGUCAGAGACACAGGAGCUGCUGGAUGUUGUCAUUGCGGACCUGGAUGGUGGGACAGUGAAUGUCCCCGAGUGUGUGCACAUCUCCCUGCUCCCUGAGCCUCUGCUCCAGCAGACCCGGGAAGCCCUUUCCAUGGUCCUGGACCCGGAGCUGGAGGUGGCAGAUCUUGCAUUCCCCCCUUCAACAAUUUCUGUCUCUUCUCUCAAAAUGCAGGACAAGGAGAUCCGUGCUGUCUUCCUCCGCCUGUUUGCACAGCUGCUGCAGGGCUACCGCUGGUGCCUGCACAUCAUCCGCAUCCAUCCCGAGCCCGUCAUCAGGUUCCAUAAGGCAGCAUUCCUUGGGCAGAGGGGGCUGACGGAGGAUGACUUCCUCACCAAGGUGCUGGAGGGAAUGGCCUUCGCCGGCUUCGUCACGGAGCGAGGAGCUCCAUACCGCUCCAUCGACCUGUUUGAUGAGCUCGUGGCUUACGAAGUGAAGCGCAUGCGUGCAGAGGAGGGGAACAAGCAGAAGAUCCUGAGGCACAUCAAGGAGCUGGCAGAGAAGCUUUACAAGAACGAGAACCCGUACCCCGCAGUGACCAUGCACAAGGUACAGAAGCCCACGGAGGGCUGUCACUUGCGCCUGCACCAGAAGCCGUUCCCCCGGCUGGAUGAGGGCACAGUGCAGUGGAUCAUCGACCAGGCCACCGCCAAGCUGCAGACAGCUCCUCCUGCUGUGAAGGCGGAGAAGAAAUGCAUGGUGCCAUCGGGGCCCCCCAUCGCUGCCAUCAUGGAACGCAAUGGCAAUGCCCUGGCCAACAGCGCCCGGCGCCUGGAGGUGGUCAGGAACUGCAUCUCCUACGUCUUUGAGAACAAGAUGUUGGAAGCCAAAAAGCUCUUCCCCGCAGUGCUGCGUGCCAUGAAGGGCCGAGCAGCACGACACUGCCUGACCCAGGAGCUGAACCUGCACGUGCAGCAGAACAGGGCAGUGCUGGACCACCAGCAGUUUGACUUCAUCAUCCGCAUGAUGAACUGCUGCCUGCAGGACUGCACUGCCAUGGAUGAACAUGGGAUUGCAGCUGCUCUCCUGCCACUGGUCACUGCUUUCUGCCGAAAGCUGAGCCCGGGUAUCACACAGUUCGCCUACAGCUGUGUGCAGGAGCACGUGGUGUGGACCAACAUCCAGUUCUGGGAGGCCAUGUUCUACUGUGAUGUGCAGAACCACAUCCGAGCCUUGUACCUGGACAACAGUGAGGAGAACCACACGGAUGAGGAGAGCCCAGAGGAGCCACAGGAAGCCAAGUCUGCCUUGGAGAUAGCAUCAGAGCAGCUGAGGCUCUGGCCCACCAUGAGCAGAGAGAAGCAGCAGGAGCUGAUCCAGAAGGAGGAGAGCACUGUCUUCAGCCAGGCCAUCCACUAUGCCAACCGCAUGAGCUACCUGCUGCUGCCCCUGGACACCAGCAAGAACCGCCUGCUCCGCAGCUCUGGCCUGGGAGACAUGGAGAGCGUCAGCAACAGCUUCGUCACCAACAGCAUUGCUGGCAGCGUGGCCGAGAGCUAUGACACAGAAAGUGGCUUUGAGGAUGCAGAGAGUUCGGAUGUGGCCAACUAUGUGGUGAGGUUCAUCAACCGCUUCGUGGACAAAGUCUGCACCGAGAGUGGAGUCACCAACGAGCACCUCAAGGGGCUGCACGUCAUGAUCCCUGACAUCGUGCAGAUGCACAUAGAGACACUGGAUGCCGUGCACAGGGAGAGCAAGAGGCUUCCUCCCAUACAGAAGCCAAAGCUGCUGCGCCCCAACCUGCUGGUGGGAGAGGAGUGUGUGAUGGAAGGGCUCCGCGUGUACCUCAUGCCUGAUGGGCGGGAGGAGGCUGCUGGAGGCAGUAUUGGUGGCCCCCCUCUGCUCCCUGCAGAAGGAGCCAUCUUCCUCACCACGUACCGCAUCAUCUUCAAAGGCACUCCCACCGACCCCCUGGUGGGGGAGCAGGUGGUGAUCAGGUCCUUCCCCAUCGCCUCGCUGACCAAAGAGAAGAAGAUCAAUGUCCAGGCCCAGGUGGAUCAGUUCAUCCAGGAGGGUUUGCAGCUGCGCUCGUGCACAUUCCAGCUGCUGAAGAUCGCCUUCGACGAGGAGGUGGCUUCAGACAGCGCCGAGAUCUUCCGGAAGCACCUGCACAAGCUGCGCUACCCCCAGCACGUGCGUGGCACCUUCGCCUUCACCGUGGGCCAGUCCCCCAAGCAGGCCAUGCAGCCCAAGGCCAAGGAGAAGAACCCCUCACUCAGCUCCCAGCAGGUCACCGAUAUGUUCCAGGGCCUGGCAGUGGGGGUCAUGUCCCUCGGGCACCUUGGCCAUUCCAGCACGACGCUCUCCAAAAACCUGGUGAAAAACGCCAAGAAGACCAUCGGACGGCAGUACGUGACACGGAAGAAGUACACCCCCCCCAUGUGGGAGCAGAGGGGCAGCCAGCACUUCCCCGAGGACAACGAGGAUGAGAUCUCAGUGUCUGAAGAGAUGGACAGAAGCACUUUGACCCCCACCACCACCAUGAAACCUUCGGACAAGAUGACCAUCAACCACCUGGUGGAGCGGGCCUGCUGCCGGGACUACCAGCGCCUGGGGCUGGGCACCCUCAGCAGCAGCCUCACCCGCUCCAAGAGCGAGCCCUUCCGCAUCUCCACCGUCAACCGCAUGUACGCCAUAUGCCGGAGCUACCCCGGGCUGCUCAUCGUGCCGCAGAGCAUCCAGGACAACACGAUCCAGCGCAUCUCCCGCUGCUACCGCCAGAACCGCUUCCCCGUGGUGUGCUGGAGGAACUCCCGCACCAAAGCCGUGCUGCUGCGCUCAGGGGGGCUGCAUGGCAAGGGCGUCGUGGGCCUCUUCAAGUCCCAGAAUGCUCCCACUGCAGGCCCCUCGCAGGCAGACUCCACAAGCCUGGAGCAGGAGAAGUACCUGCAGGCUGUCAUUAACUCCAUGCCGCACUAUGCUGAUGCCAGCGGGCGCAACACGCUCAGUGGCUUCACCUCGGCUCACAUGAGCAGCUCAGGGCUCGGUCACCGAGCUAAAGUCAUCACCCUGUCCACCCCAAAGUGCGCGUCGGCGAAGGGCCGCGACACCCCUCGAGGCAAGUGGGGCAGCAUCCGCGCCAGCGGGCGCAUGAGCAGCUAUGGGCUGAACGUGGAGAUCGGCUCACGGCUGGCGGGGAAGGAGCUGCUGGGAACACACCACAACGGCACUGCUGAGACUGGGUUCCUGCGCCCGCACCGAGCCUCGCUCUACAUCAUUGGGGACAAGUCCCAGCUCAAGGGCGUGAAGCCGGACCCACUGCAGCACUGGGAGGUGGUUCCCAUUGAGGUGUUCGACGUGCGGCAGGUCAAGGCCAGCUUCAAGAAGCUGAUGAAGGCCUGUGUGCCCGGCUGCCCCUCCACGGACCCCAGCAUCGCCUACCUGCGCUCCCUGGAGGAGUCCGAGUGGCUGUCACAGAUCCACAAGAUCCUGCAGAUUUCGGUGCUGGUGGUGGAGCUCCUGGACACGGGCUCCUCAGUGCUGGUCAGCCUGGAGGACGGCUGGGACAUCACCACGCAGGUCGUGUCCUUGGUGCAGCUCCUGUCCGACCCCUACUACCGGACGCUGGAAGGCUUCCGCCUGCUGGUGGAGAAGGAGUGGUUGAGCUUCGGGCACCGCUUCAGCCACCGCGGGGCUCAGACCCUGGCCGGGCAGAGCAGUGGCUUUGCUCCCAUCUUCCUGCAGUUCCUGGACUGUGUGCACCAGAUCCACCUGCAGUUCCCCAUGGAGUUCGAGUUCAGCCAGUACUACCUGAAGUUCCUGAGCUACCACUACAUUUCCAACCGCUUCCGGACAUUCCUGCUGGACUCGGACUACGAGCGCAUCGAGCUGGGCCUCCUGUAUGAGGAGAAGGGGGAGAGGAAGAGCCAGCAGGUCUACAAGUCCAUCUGGGACUACAUCGACCGCCUGAACAAGAAGGCCCCCAUCUUCUUCAACUACAUGUAUGCUCCCGAGGAUGGGGAGGUGCUGAGGCCGUACAGCAACAUCUCCAACCUCAAAGUGUGGGAUUACUACACGGAGGAGACGCUUUCCGAGGGCCCCUCCUAUGACUGGGAGCUGGCACAGGGGCAGCCGGAGCCGGUGGAGGACGCGGAUCGACAGGACACUGGAGCCCCACAGACCAAGCGCAAGAUCAUCUGGCCCUGCUACGACAACCGGAGCCGCGUGGAGCCCGAUGCCAUCUCCAAACUGCUGGAGGAGCUGCACAACCUGGAGAUGGAGCUGGGGCAGAUUCCAGAGCGCUGGAAGGACACAUGGGACAAGGUGAAAGCUUCCCAGCGCACCGAGGCGCGGCAGGAGGGCAGCAGGACCCCCAGCUCCCUGCUGAUGUCCUCGGGGCUGUCCCACCACCGCCGCUCGCUCGGGGUGUACCUGCAGGAGAGCGGUGUGGGCUCCACACUCAACCUCAGCCUGGACAGUGACACCAGCAGCACGUCCACCCCGUCCAGUGGGAAGCCGGGUGGGCGCAGGAGCACCAGCACCCUCUACAGCCAGUUCCACACGUCCGAGAGCGAGAACAGGUCCUAUGAGGGGUCUCUGUACAAGAAAGGAGCCUUCAUGAAACCCUGGAAGCCUCGUUGGUUUGUGCUGGAUAAAACCAAACAUCAGCUGCGGUACUACGACAGCCGGAUGGACACGGAGUGCAAAGGAGUCAUUGACCUGGCCGAGGUGGAGUCCAUCACCCCAGGGACCCCCACCAUGGGGGCUCCCAAGACGGUGGAUGAGAAAGCCUUCUUCGAUCUGAAGACCACGAAGCGCGUUUACAACUUCUGUGCCCAGGACGUGCCGGGGGCACAGCAAUGGAUCGACCGCAUCCAGAGCUGUUUGUCGGACGCGUGAGCCCCUGUCCGGGUGCAGGGUCCGGGCCCGCGGAGCAGCGGCAGCGCUGGAGCCGGGGCCGGGAUCGGCUGCGGGUGAGGCCCUGGCCUCGGGUGGCCGCGGGGCUGGAGCUGUGGCUCCGCGCUGGGAGGCGCUGGUGGAGGAUCCCGUCGCGUUGAAGCGGGCCCAGGAUGCGUUGGGACGAGCUGGGAUGAUCAGGAGCUGCUCCUGCUCUGUCCCCCCAGGCCUGUCUGAGCCCUGUAAUUAUUGUGUCCCCUGCGCACCCCACUGCAGCCCCUGCACUGCUGGAGGAGGCAGGAGCUGCCCUCCUCACCCUCCCCAUGGCUUGCAUGUCCACCGAGCACCCAGGGGACCAGCCCUGCUCCCCAUGUCUCAUAGUGCAGCACCCACCCCGCUCCCACCUUGCUGGACCCAGGGACCUGCGGCUCAGGUGCUGGUGUUGGUGGGGGUGACGCGUUGUGCCCAUCCGGUGUCCUCUGGGUGCUGCGGGCAGAGGGUCCCAGUCUUGCACAGGAGCCGCUGCCCAUGGCUGGUGGUGGUUGGAGCUCUGGGCACUGGGCUCAGGGAUGUGGCUGUGGCUCCGUGUCCCUGCUGGGCACAGGCUCUACCUCCACGGUCAGGUUUGCUGUCGUGGGGGGGGCACAUUCCCCAUGGAAGAGGGGGAUCAGCCCUGGCCCUGGGGUCCCUGUGCUGGGACGAUCACUCCAGUCCCUUUGCCACCGGCUGGUGCCACCCAGGCUCUUUGCACAGGUCAAACCCCCCCCCACCCCGGGUGGCACCACUCAGUGCUGCCCCAUGUCCCCACCACCACCUCAGGGCCCUUCCUCUUGUCCCCCCUGUUUGUGCUGUUGGGGGGCUCUGAGCAGAGCGGGGGUGCCCCGGGGGUGGCUGCAGGUCUCACCCCCCCUCCCUGCGUGCCCCAUGCCGGUGCAAAGGGGAAUCGGUACAAGCGGCUCCUGCAGCAUCUCUCCCCCCAGCACCGCUGUGACCGCUGGAGGGGGCUCAUGUUGUGUGUGUCCCCCCAGCUCGUUCUUGUCUGUUUUUAUGGAGUACAAUGUUUUAUUUCAGUGCAGAGCUCUUUGUACAGUCCUACCCCCCCCUUGUACAGUCGCGGCCGCGCCGGGGCCGGAGCCGGAGCCGCAGCAGGUGUACAUGAUUGAGGUUUGUGUCCAUGGGGCCUGGCCCCGGCGCCUGCCCCACAGAGCAAAUAACCGUUUAAUAAAAAAAGGCACAGAG